AUUAGUAACUGCAAUGCUUUAAUUUGGAGUUUAAGUUGUUUAUAUUUAUUGCACGCUAUUAUCGGUAAACAGCAGUUAGAUAAUGUCACUUCCGCUGAAUUACUUCCUGUUGGUUGACUUCCGGUAUUUGUUCGAAAGCUAGAGAUACAUCUUGUGGUCUUCUGUAGUACUUUCUGUUGCCAUCCUACACAAAGCGGCGAAGAAGCAAUGCCUUUUUCACCAUCUUGUCUAUGAAGGAAUUGUCAAAAGUAAAUGGUCAAGCUUACAACGACGUUCUCUUCAUUGACUCCGGUUUGGCUUGGUGUUGAGUUGGCGUUUUUACACGUCUCACGAGAUCCCUAAAGUGAAAAAGGCACGUUCCGGCUGCCCUAAGGUAUCAACAUGGCAACUAGUCACAGUGGAAGCAGCAAAAUGUCAGUAUCCACAGCAAGCGCAGCUCUUGUUAGAGCUAAAGCAGAAGCCGCGAAAGUAAGAGCGUCGUACGCAAGCCAAGAAGCUAAGCUUAAACUGGAAGAAGCUAAGCUAAAACCUGAAAAGGCUCAUAAUCAAUUAGAAACAACGAGAAUAACCACAGAAUUAGAAGUGCUGACAUUACAACGAGAAGCAGACGCAGCUGAGGCGGAAGCUCAAGUAUUGGAGGAAGCUUCGGGAGCACAAUCCACUGGCGAUGACAGGAAAACUGAAUCAGAAAAGGCAAAAAUUGAACGCACCAGUGAAUAUGUUCAAUCACAGAUCGACCUUCAACAGCAGUUGUCAUCUCCAGCUACCUUGUGUCCAGCAAUAGAUAAGCAACCGUAUCCGUUAACACAAGCUACCAUCAACACCUGGCAUCUGGAUGAAAAUACUCCAUAUAUGCAACCCAGUCCUAAUAGAACAAACUUUAAGAGCGAUAAAGAAUCUCACUUAUCCACACCAAACUUAAAUAAACCAGUUAAAGCCACGACAAACUUUGAAGAAAAAAGACAAUCUGGCUCAAACAUACAUGCUCCGCCCUAUGUUCCCCGACAGGUUCCACAAGCCAGCAUGCUGUCUUCAGUGGAACCAUUGGCCCACUAUUUGGCAACACGAGAUCUCAUCACCUCAGGACUGUACUACUUCGCCGAUAAACCAGAAGAUUAUCGCGCAUGGGAGUCGUCAUUCACUACAGCGGUCAGCGGUGCUCACCUCACAACAACCCAAGAACUAGACCUCAUGACUAAGUGGCUUGGUAAGGAGUCUGGAGAACAUGUGAGACGCAUCCGCUCAAUGUAUGUAAACCAUCCAGAACUGGCUCUACACAAAGCAUGGGAGAGACUGCGUGACUGUUAUGCUGCCCCUGAAAUCAUUGAAAAAUCACUAUUUGAUCGGCUGGACAAUUUCCCCAACAUUUCUAAUAAAGACAACGCUGGGCUACGCGAACUGGGAGAUUUGCUCAUGGAAAUUCAAGGUUUCAAGGAGGACGGCUAUGUCACCGGCUUGUCCUAUCUGGAUACGUCACGUGGAAUUAGGCCGAUUGUGGACAAGCUUCCUUAUAGCCUUCAGGAAAAAUGGACAUCUUCUGUGUUUUUGUACAAAGAACAUAAUAAUGGUUGCUUCCCUCCCUUCCACUACUUCUGUGUUUUUGUGUGCUCCGAGGCAAAGAAACGAAAUGACCCCAGUUUCACCUACCAGUACAAUACAACUGCUAACCUUGACAAACACAUUGCAAAAGGUUUUAACUCCAACAGACCCAUCACAAAACAGACAUUUUAACAACCAAUAUUGACCCCAAUGAAUGUUGUCCUCUACACAACAAACCACACCCCCUUAAAAGAUGCAGGACAUUCCGAAACAAAUCCCUGGAUGAUAGAAAGGCCUUUUUGAAGGAAAAAGGGAUAUGUUUUAAAUGUUGUUCCUCAGUUUAACAUCUCGCCAAACACUGCCAGUCUUCUGUGAAGUGUUAUGAAUGUGGAAGCACUCAUCAUGAGGCAGCAAUGCAUCCUGGUCCAUCAACUCAAAUGGCCAAGGCUCCUCCAUCUCUUAAAGAGGAUGGUGGGGAGGGAGAAGAACAGUAUAACAUGCCUGAUGUUAGCACGAGCUGUACAGAUGUUUGCGGUCAAGGUCAGUGAGGGCGCUCAUGCUCAAAAAUAUGCCUUACUAAAAUGUACCAUAAAGACUUCAAGGACAAGGCCAUCAAAGCCUACGUAAUUUUGGAUGACCAAAGUAAUCGAUCAUUGGCAAGACCAGAAUUGUUUAAAAUGUUCAAUGUGGACAGCAAACCAAUAACUUAUCAUCUCAGAACUUGUUCUGGCCUUGUAGAGGCACACGGCAGGGAGGCUGAAGCUUUCCAGAUUGAGUCCCUAGAUGGUAAAGUUCCCAUCUCACUUCCAACACUCCUCGAGUGUCAAGGGAUUCCAAAUAAUCGGAAUGAGAUCCCAACACCAACUGCAGUUUUGCAUCAACCCCAUCUCCAUCACAUUGCCAAACACAUCCCCGUAUUGGACCCCGGAGCACAAAUACUCCUUCUCCUCGGAAGAGAUGUAAUCAGGGCACACAAGGUCAGACAGCAAGUAAAUGGACCACACGACGCUCCUUUUGCACAACGUCUGGAUUUAGGCUGGGUGGUGAUGGGAGAAGUGUGUUUAGGCAAUACACACAAACCAACAAUUAAUUCAAUGAAAAAAAACGUAUGGGAAAAUGGACGUAAUUCCAUCUUUCUACCCUGCACCAGCGUCAUGUGUGUUAAGAAGCAACACACCUUCAACCAGUCCUGCAAAUCACAAGAAAGGAUGCUGGGAUGGACAGUUUUCAACCAAACUAAACAUGACAACAAACCUGCUCCAUCAAUGGAUGACCUCCUCUUUCUAAAGAUCAUGGACAUUCAAACCUACAGUGAUGGAUCCAACAAUUGGGUCGCUCCUCUCCCAUUUAAGGAACCACGUCAACGUUUGCCAAACAAUAAGGCCCAGGCAAUCUAGCGGUUCAUGUCACUUCAACAAACCCUCCAAAGGAAACCGGAAAUGCAGGAACAGUAUGUCAUAUUCAUAGAAAAGCUCAUUACCCACAAGCAUGCAGAGGUAGCGCCGCCAUUGAGGAAAGAUGAAGAGUGCUGGUAUUUUCCAACCUUUGGCGUAUACCACCCACGAAAACCUGACCAGAUCAGAGUCGUUUUUGAUUCUAGCGCCCAACACGCAGGUAUUUCCCUAAAUGACGUGCUACUCUCUGGACCCGACCUCAAUAACUCCUUGCUAGGCGUUCUUCUGUGCUUCCGGAAGGAAAGAGUUGUGAUUAUGGCAGACAUCCAGCAGAUGUUUCAUUGUUUUUUGGUGCAUGAAGAUCAUCGAAAUUUCCUACGUUUCUUGUGGCAUCAGGACAAUGAUCUCAGGAAGCCAGUUAUUGAGUAUCGCAUGAGGGUCCACGUGUUUGGCAACACACCAUCUCCUGCUGUGGCAAUCUAUGGACUGCGAAAGGCCAUCAGGGAAGGUGCACAGCAGCACGGAGAUGAUACUGUCAGGUUUGUAGAAAGGCAUUUUUAUGUGGACGAUGGCUUGGUAUCCCUACCAUCUGAAGGUGAGGCCAUUGACCUGCUCCAAAGGACAAAGUGUUCGCUCGCCGAGUCGAAUCUUCGCUUGCACAAGUUUGUAUCAAACUCUGAGGAAGUCACCAAAGCCUUCUCCCCUCAAGAUUGUGCCCCUGUGGUCAAAGACUUAGAUUUGAGUGGAGACUUUACACCCACACAACGGAGCUUAGGGUUGCUCUGGGAGAUUACAUCUGACACAUUUACAUACUUUGCAUCACCAACAAACAAACCAUUCACUCGACGGGGUGUUUUGUCUACAGUAAACAGUGUUUUUGAUCCCCUAGGAAUGCUCGCACCUGUCACAAUUCAGGGAAGGUCCCUUCUUAGAGAACUUACCUCCGAGCUAGCAGACUGGGACACGCCCCUGCCAGAAUCCAAAAAGAACAAGUGGGAGACUUGGAAAGAGUCUCUUCAAGGCUUAAACAAGAUUCAUAUUCCACGCAGGUAAACUGCAAAGUCACUGUGCGAUGUGGUGCUCACAGAGUUGUGCGUGUUUUCAGAUGCAUCCUGCAAGGCCAUUGGUGCUGUGGCUUAGCUGAAAGCGGUCCAAGAAGAUGGAAAGGCCGAAGUCGGAUUUGUGAUGGGUAAGGCCAAGUUGGCCCCCCAGUCUGAACUUACUAUCCCAAGGCUCGAGCUCUGUGCUGCUGUGCUAGCGGUAGACAUGGCAGAUCUCAUCCAAGAUGAGCUGGACCUCAAGUUUGAUGAAGUUCGCUUCUACACAGACAGUAAGGUAGUGCUUGGAUACAUUUGCAAAGAGAAAAAACGUUUCUACACCUACGUUCAUAACAGAGUCCACCGUAUUCGUCAAUUUUCAAAUCCCCAUUAGUGGAACUAUGUGUGCACGGAGGAAAACCCUGCAGAUCAUGCAUCAAGAUCCUUAGCUGUAUCAAGCCUUGGACAAACAUCUUGGUUUAUCGGCCCUGCAUUCCUGCUGAAGACAUCUGCAAACAUGACACAAACCAGUGAAAGAUUUGAGCUCAUUGGACCAGAUAAUGACUCUGAAAUCCGCCCACAAGUGCAGACCUGCGCUACUUACCUGGAACGUCAGAUACUCAACCCAGAUCGCUUCCAACGAUUUUCCACUUUCACUUCCUUGGUGAGGAGUGUGGCAUUCCUCAUCCACGUCGCAAGAACAUGCAAAAGGUCUAAUCAAAAAGAUGGAUGCAAAGGCUGGCACAACUGUCACCAACCACGCACUGCAGAUGAAAUUGCCCAAGCUAAAUAUAUUAUUCUGAGGGCAACACAAAAGGCAGCCUUCUCAGGAGAGCUUUUAGCUUUACAAGAAAACAAGCCAGUUUCAAGAAACAGCCCUUUAUUGAAACUCAACCCAACAUUGGAGGAUGGACUCAUUUGUGUGGGAGGUAGACUAAAGUGCUCUGAACUCACACUUUUAGAAAAGAAUCCUGUAAUUCUCCCCAAGAAAAGCCACAUCUCUGUGUUGCUCACACACCACCACCAUGUGCAGGUAAAACAUCAAGGCCGCAAUUUUACUGAAGGAGCCAUCAGAGCAGCAGGAUUGUGGAUUCUAGGUGGACGGUCUUUAAUCAACUCAAUUCUUCACAAAUGCACAAUCUGUCGUAGACUUCAAGGGGAAGGUUCAAGAACAACAAAUGGCUAAUUUGCCUCCGGAACGUCUUAAAUCCUUCCCUCCUUUUACGUAUGUGGGAGUCGAUGUCUUUGGACCCUGGUCUGUCCUAACCAGACGUACCAGAGGAGGACAAGCAGAGAGCAAGCGGUGGGCCAUGAUGUUCACUUGUCUUAGUUCGAGAGCUGUUCAUAUCGAGUUAAUCGAGUCUAUGGACACUUCAAGUUGUAUCAACGCCCUCAGGCGGUUUUUCGCACUUCAAGGUCCGGCAAACCAACUUCAUUCUGAUUGUCGAACUAAUUUUACGGGAGAAUGCAAAGAGCUUGGAAUGAACAAGGCAGUGCAGAACUUCCUCAGUGAAAAGCAGUGCAUUUGGAAAUUCAACCCACCACACGCUUCCCACAUGGGAGGCUCCUGGGAGCGAAUGAUCGGGAUUGCAAGAAGAAUCCUGAAUUCAAUGUUACUGCAGCAUGGGACUCGUAUAACCCAUGAAGUUCUUUGCACUCUGAUGGCGGAAGUCACUGCAAUUAUAAAUGCACAACCACUUCUGCCUGUAUCCAUAGAUCCACAACAAUCCUUCAUUCUUUCACCAUCAAUGCUCCUAACACAGAAGGCAGGAGCUCCACCUCCACUUGGAGAAUUCACAGAGAGGGACCUUUACACCAAACAAUGGAAGCAAGUGCAAGCAUUUGCAAACCAGUUUUGGAGCCGAUGGAGAAGGGAGUACCUUCCUUCUUUGCAACAGAGACAGAAAUGGAAUAUGUCAAGGCGAAAUCUUCAAGUAGGAGAUCUAGUUCUCCUCAAGGACAAGCAAGCUGCACGUAACUACUGGCCUAUGGCCAUGGUCACCGCCACGUUCCCCGGGAUCGACAAUUUGGUCAGGAAGGUCGAAGUGAAGACUAAAGACCAAGGAACCCCAAAAACAUUUUUGAGACCAGUUACAGAAGUUGUUUUACUGCUGCCCAAAGACUAGAGUUAUUUGGUGACCUUAGUGGCCUCACAUAGGCCAGGCGGGGAGUGUGUUGUCCUGAAGUCAACUGUUAAUAUUAUUUACGUAAUUACAUGAUAAUAUUUUUGUAUUACUUAAUAUUUUGUAUUAGUAACUGCAAUGCUUUAAUUUGGAGUUAAAGUUGUUUAUAUUUAUUGCACGCUAUAAUCGGUAAACAGCAGUUUGAUGAUUUCACUUCCGCUGAAUUACUUCCUGUUGGUUGACUUCCCGUAUUUGUUCGAAAGCUAGAGCUACAUUUUGUGGUUUUCUGUAGUACUUUCUGUUGCCAUCCUACACAAAGCGGCGAAGAAGCAAUUGUGUAAGUCGUCUUUAAUAAGUUAACAACAUGUCAGACACGUUAAAAAAGUGUAAUAGUCCCGAUAUGUUAAAUAUAAUUGUCGAACUAGAUACAAUGUGUUCAAGUCAUUUAGGCAGAUGGGAGUCUCCCUCUGCUGGACAUUUUCCGACAUUACCGUUACAUUUUUAUAUGUCAUUGUAAACGAAUAUGUACAGAGGCAAUAAGUGUGUUGUGUGUUGUGUCUCUUUGUUCUUUUCAGUUUUUCACCCUCUUGUCUAUGAAGGAAUUGUCAAAAGUAAAUGGUCAAGCUUACAACGACGUUCUCUUCAUUGACUGCGGUUUGGCUUGGUGUUGAAUUGGCGUUUUUACACGUCUCACGAGAACACUAAACACUACAUUUGCACACUGUGGUACCCGGAUUCUCACCAAGACACAGGAGGGUGUUUGCAAAAAGCCGAAAAGGGCAUUUAUUGCACAAGUCUUUGUAGGAAGGGCAGGGUGUGGAAUAAUCAACUUAAAGUGUCCAUUACCAAACAUAAAUUUCUCCCAUCCGGGGCUCUCAGUCCUGCACACAGCACACUUCUUUACUCGUUAAUUGCCUAUCAAACAAAAGAAAACAUAAUAUCAGAAAACAUUUAACUAGUAAUGUCCUUAUUAGUGAAAUAGUUGAUGUUUCACUUACCCCCUGAUGCACCUGCCUUGACAGAGAGGAGAGUCAGGCCUGAAUGAGGCAGAGUUAAGAACUGUUUGUAGCUGAGUCCCACCUGGUCGCACAGCUGGUGGCACUUCAGGCUGAUUGAGGAGGUACAGGGGAAUAUACCGCCCCUCGAUGAUGCGGCCACGGUUGGGGUGUUGUCUUCUGUGUUCCACUCUGCCUCCAUGCCCUGGCUCCUCCCCUAUGAGGUGCUUACCUGUCAGGCAGUGCUUGAGUGAGACACCACAACACACACAUGUAAAAUCUACCGGGUAUCAUGCCACUUCUCUUGUGUGUGUGUAUGUGUGUGUGUGUUUUUGUGUGUGUUCUUAAAGUACCUUCCAUAUGAGCAAGUUAGGACCAGUGUUGGGACUAACGCGUUACAAAGUAACGCUCUUACUGUUACUACAUGAUGCGUUACUGAGGGGGGCGUGUAUGUGUUUACAAACAAGACAUCAUUGUGGAGCCGGAGUCGAGUUUCUUAUCAUGAAGAUAUUCUCACUACUUUUCUUUUGUUGAGCACAAAGAAAAUAACAUUUUAGUUAAAUGUAAGUUGUGUCUUGGAUCAAAGAUCCCAUGUACUGCCAAAAACAGCAGUUCAAAUCUGCUGAAACACUUACAAAAGCAACAUGCUUCGACGAAGCUAGUAAAGAGAGACACACUUCACCUCCACCUCAACCUAAGCAACAGCGGCUGGAUUUUAACGGAGGGACUGCCAGCCAGGACAACGUUGAUAGAGCCAUUGCAGCAUAUGUGCUAGAGACAUGCAAGCUAUUUCUACAGUGGAUUCACUCACUUUCAGGCAGCUACUUAGCAUGAUACCGCCGUCAAACGGCAUAUGGCACGAAAACAUGUUCCAUGUACCUGGACAGUGAGUACAUAAACAUAGAAAGCGAGCUAAAGAAAACGCUCCAAACUCUGCCUCUGCUCAUCAUUCAGCACUGAAGGUACACACACUCUUGUCAAUUCUCUUAUAUACUGUUGCUCUUUCAUUCUAGACUUCUAGAGUGUUUGAUUAUCACAUCACUCUAAAUGUAUAGACUGUAAAGUUUACAAACAUAAGGAGGGAUCCUAGUGGGCCACGCCAAUCUUUCCUCUUCUCUAAACUAAAAGUGGGUAAAAGCGUAGAGCGUUCUGGGCUUCAGUACAGUGUUGAUCUCCUGAAGACAUGAUUUUAUUUCACAAUUCCUUGAGAGAAAAAAAACGCCUGGUCAGGCAUGUGUAUAGCGGUAUGUGUGCUGUAUAUAGUGACAUGACAUAUAAUCAUAGAAUGUGUGCCUUCCUUGGGUGAAGCCAGGUUUACAGCUAUGUUGUGACAUGUUGUUAUCAUGCGGUUUGUUACUUAUGUAUGUUAUGUUGCAGUUAUUUAAAAUAGUUUUGGCAAUUUGUUCUGGCCUGAAAUAAAUUGGCCCUUUGAAACAUAUAUUUGUCUUUGUUUGUUGUAUGUAGACCACAUUGCUUAGCAGAGUUCAGUGGUGCAAAUGCAUUUAAGUUGAUCAACAGAUUGUAUUAUUCUCCAGUGCAAUAACUGUACUGAAAUGAAGGCUAAAAUGGCAUUGAUGGAAGUCCUAAAUAACAUUUUUAAAAAAAAAAAGCAACAUAUAGUUACUUUUCACAGUGACACAUUACUUUUUGGUGUAAGUAACUGAGUUAGUAACUGAGUUACUUUUGAAAUAAAGUAGCUAGUAACUGUAAAUAGUUACUGGUUUUCAGUAACCAACCCAACACUGGUUAGGACAUAAUCUUGGUCCCAAUAUGGACAACCAUUGCAUCUAAUAGAGAAUGUCUCAUCUGCACCCCUGGUGGUGAAAUAUAUCAAUAUUAGGGUGGUCCCGAAAGGGAGAGAUUUUUCAAAUUGACUAUGUGUCGGUUUUAAAAGUGCUCCCCCUCUGGUCAACAUAUGAAAUAACAAGUGUGUGUACAAAUUUGAAGUGCUCCUCUUCUGGCCAACAUAUGUUAUAACAAGUGUGUGUAAGAAAUUCAAAUGCACCCCCUUUCACCAAAAUUUAUAGAAAAAAUUAAAUAAAGAUCCCGAAAGGGACAAGUGGUAGAAAAUGAAUGGAUGGAUGGAUGUAUAUAGAGACUUAAUUUAAUAACUUGAAGUAAAUCAUGGAGAUUAAAAAACAAUUACAAACAAAAAAUGUUUACUAAAAGCUUACAUGUUUUUAUAUUUGCAUAGUAUGUAUACAUUAUUAAUGUUGUAAAUACCGAUAAUAAUAUAUCUACAAAGGGUGGUGCUAAAGAGGUAGGCAUUUUUGGAAGUCUCAAGAAGGUAACAAAUACAAGAAUGCGUGUGUGUGUGCGUGUGCGUGUGCGUGUGCGUGUGUGUGUGUGUGUGUGUAGGUUUGAAAUGCAGAAGAUUAUGAGGGUGGGGUUUCCUGGCUGGUCCGCUUGUCAGAAUGUCGCCAAAAUAAUGUUUGCAAAGACAUUUUUACACCAUUAAUUUAAAUGUUAACACUGUAGAAUCUAUACAGCCUUUUUACUGUUUUAAUGUAAGUGUGACAUUGUUGUUUUUACUAAUCUGUCUAUCAAGAAAAAAGACCCUGUAAGGCUAUGUAGUUCAGAGCUUCCUGUAAUACUCUGAGUCACUACACUGGGAAGUGGGGGCGACCCGGAGCGAUCAGACUCUCACUGCUGCCAAGUUUUAUCAUCAAGGAAGACGGGGUUUGUUUUUCGUUCUUUGUCGGAUGCAAGAACGUUGUUUCAGUGCUGUGCUGGAAUGAAUGAAUGAAUGAAUGAAUAAAUGAAUGAAUAAAUUAAUGUGGCCACCAAUAAGGAGGAUUAUAUACCCAAUUAAGGUAGGAAUCUUUGGGGACCACAAGAUUUGAUUCAGUUUUAAAUCACGUUGAAAAACAAGUUGAAAAACGUAUUCAGGUGUUACAAUUUAGUGGUCAAUUGUACGGAAUAUGUACUGUACUGUACAAUCUACUAAUACAAGUUUCAAUCAAUCAAUCUCGGGGUGACGAUUCAAUUCGCAAAGAUGUUGAUUGAACAUGAUUCUAGUAAUGUGAUAUUUGAUAGAUAAAUUUAAAUAAAACAUAUUUAAAAAAGGAAACAGGUUACAAAAGCUCCUUUUGGCUGCUGAUGUACGACUUAAAUAAGCAGUUUUUUGGCAAAAAAAAACGUAAUUUGAAAAAUUUAUUUCUAAAAUUGUAUUUACAAACAUCACAUUAUGUUAGUCGAUCUAAUGAAAGAAAAUAGAGCAACCCCAACCCCAUUCCAAUCCAACCUUUUAAAUACUUUACAAAGCAAUUGAGAAGACAUACAAAUACAAUACUUAUUAAAUGCUAAAUAAAAAAAAAAGGAAAACCUAAUACAAUUAUGAUUGAUAGUAAUAAUAAAUAAUACAAUUACUAAAAGCAACAUUAUCAAUAAUGAUAAUAAUAAUAUUGAUAAUAAUGUUUUACCCCGCCAUACGCCCGAUUGUAGCUGAGAUAGACGCCAGCGCCCCCCGCAACCCUAAAGGGAAUAAGCGGUAGAAAAAGGAUGGAUGGAUGGAUUCUUUUAAAAAAUAUAUAUAUAAAGUAUGAGCAAAAAAACAUUUUUUACAUUGAUUCUCAAAUAAUUAAUAGACUUAGAAUCGAAAUAAAUUUUAAAAAAUUGUGAUAAGGAAAACUGGACUUUCAGACAAAACGGAGGCGAUUGAUUGAUUGAUUAAUUGGUUGAUUGAUUGAUUGAUUUAUUGAAACUUUUAUUCUACCUUAGUAGAAGCAUUUAAGUCUCACCUUAAAACUCAUCUGUAUUCUCUAGCCUUUAAAUAGACCUCCUUUUUAGACCAGUUGAUCUGCCGCUCCUUUUCUUUCUCCUAUGUCCCCCCCUCCCUUGUGGAGGGGGUCCGGUCCGAUGACCAUGGAUGAAGUACUGGCUGUCCAGAGUCGAAACCCAGGAUGGACCGCUCGUCGGGACCCAGGAUGGACCGCUCGCCUGUGUAUCGAUUGGGGACAUCUCUACACUGCUGAUCCGCCUCCGCUUGAGAUGGUCUCCCGUGGACGGGACUCUCGCUGCUGUCUUGGAUCCGCUUGGGACUGAACUCUCGCGGCUGUGUUGGAGCCACUAUGGAUUGAACUUUCGCAGCAUCAUGUUAGACCCGCUCGACAUCCAUUGCUUUCGGUCCCCUAGAGGGGGGUUGCCCACAUCUGAGGUCCUCUCCAAGGUUUCUCAUAGUCAGUAUUGUCACUGGCGUCCCACUGGAUGUGAAUUCUCCCUGCCCACUGGGUGUGAGUUUUCCUUGCCCUUUUGUGGGUUCUUCCGAGGAUGUUGUAGUCGUAAUGAUUUGUGCAGUCCUUUGAGACAUUUGUGAUUUGGGGCUAUAUAAAUAAACAUUGAUUGAUGAUUGAUUGAUAUUA